UAAGUGUGGCUCUGCCUCCUCCUGCUCAAUCCCGGAAGAUCUCGGCUUCCUUCCGAAGCUUGAGCUUCGGCAGAAACCAGGAUCUUGAUGACUUCUUUAUCCGAUGCGGAGAGGCGAGUGAACGAGUGUUUUUAAAAAUCAAUAAAGUGGCGGAAGAUGGGGAGCAGAGAGGAUGAAUACGAUUAUUUGUUCAAAGUUGUGCUGAUUGGAGACUCCGGGGUUGGAAAGAGCAAUCUCCUGUCUAGGUUCACACGUAAUGAGUUUAAUCUGGAGAGUAAGAGCACCAUUGGAGUGGAGUUUGCCACCAGGAGUAUCCAGGUAGAUGGAAAGACAAUUAAAGCACAGAUCUGGGACACAGCGGGACAGGAGCGAUAUCGUGCUAUCACUUCAGCGUACUACCGUGGGGCUGUUGGUGCUCUGCUUGUUUACGAUAUUGCCAAACAUCUAACGUAUGAGAAUGUCGAACGAUGGCUGAAGGAGUUGCGUGAUCAUGGCGAUAACAAUAUAGUCAUCAUGCUGGUCGGAAACAAGAGUGACCUCCGUCAUCUGAGAGCUGUUCCAACUGACGAGGCGCGUGCCUUUGCUGAGAAGAAUUGUCUUUCAUUUAUUGAAACAUCUGCCUUGGAUUCAACUAACGUAGAGGAGGCUUUCCAAAAUAUCUUGACAGAAAUUUACCGUAUAGUUUCUCAGAAGCAGAUCUCGGACCGAUUGACUCAUGAAUCACCUGGCAGCGAUGUGGUCGAGAUCGAUGUGCCCCCAACAAGCGACGGGCAGAAAUCUAAUAAACUGCAAUGUUGCCAGAAUAUGUGACCUACUGCAGCUGCUGUUCUAGUUCCACAUUCCUGCCUGUGCACUAUAGUGUGUUUGGAAGGCUUCUGUCCAAUGCCCAUUAUGAUUUAAUCUGUUUCUUUUGGAUUUUCUUUGCUGCACCUACAGAACAAAUAUUUCAAAUUUUCAAAAUAAUUAGCAAUUAAUUGCUUGAAACAUAGUGGUGAUAGCAUGCGAUCCCUCUCCACGAGGCCUGAAAAUAUGCUGUUACUAAAACAAUGAUAGGUUUACGACCCCUUAGUUUCAGCUGAAAAUAACUAUGCAGAGCCAGCUGAAAUGCUUUCCCUCUCUGUUUCGGUGCCUAGUUGCAGGGAUGAAAGCUUUGCCUCUCUGUGGCUCUUAAGGCCUGAAGGAGGUGAGAUUGGGAUUGUCUCAUUCCAAUUCCAACUGGGACUGGAUGAACAGUGUAAACCUGGAAUUAUUCAGUUUCAGACCACCAGAAACCACAAGGCAAAAACGUGAAAUAAUUUUCAAAGGAGAAAUUAUUUAUCCAGAAAAAAAUUGGUGAAAUACUUGUUAUAUUGCAUAACUGCUGCAGUUUUAUAGUUAAUAAAAUUCAAAAAUAAUUGUAUUGUGAAAUUCUAGGAGUGUUCUCAGCCUGUUCUUGUAUUUAUUUAUUAGUAAACAAGCUGCUGUAUCAGA